GCAGAGGCAUGUCAAGGGGGGCGCGGGCGACUGGGAGGAAAAGGUCCGUCUAUAUGGAACUAAUUAGCUGAACUAUUGUUUUAACAUCGACCCGUUUUUCGCGGCGUACAACAAUACUGAAAUUGCGCUGGCCCAUAGACGCCCCUUCGAGCUGCGCGCCUACGGCGAGGCUAAGCUAGUGGGGGUAAAGUGUCAGUGCAUUCAGUUGACGUAUACGACGCGAAAACGGAAACAAUAAGUAUGCCGGCUCAUUGUGCUGCAUACAAUUGCACGGUACGUCGGACGAUUGAGACAAGGAAACGUGGAAUAACUUUUCAUAGGUUUCCCAGAGACUAUGGGCGGAGGCGGAAGUGGGAAGUAGCUCUGAGGAGAGAGGGGUUUGCUGCAAAUGAUGAGUCGGUUCUCUGCAGUAAUCAUUUUAAACCUGAUGAGUUUGACAGGGCUGGGCAGAUUUGCCGGCUUAGACCUGGUGUCAUUCCAUCAGUGUUUAACUUCCCGGCUCAUCUUGGAAAACCUAAAGCAACAAGGACCACAGCAACCUCAAGGCAAGCUAUGGAGAGCCUACACACCUCUCAGUAUGCCAUCAAAAAGGAACCUCAGCCUAAUGUUGACCUUGACCACAACUAUUCGUUGCCCAGUUCUCCAUCUGUUUUGAAGGCCAGGUUCAGUGAGGCUGCAGCCAGAGUGUUGAGCCUGGAGAAGAAGAAAAGAAAUGCGCAGGUGCGAGAACGGAGGGCAAAGACCACUAUAACGGCCUUACUGAAGGUUCUGAGAGAGAAGAACCUACUGACUGAGGAUCUUUGUGAGAGUCUGAAAAUAUACUCAGACUCGAUAUGGGCUGGCCGUUCGACCUUGGAAGUACAGACUCCCAAGAACAGAAGAACGCAUCGUUAGGAACACCAGCGCAUUUGAUCACGUCACAUACUCGGCUCAUCUACUCCAAUUAUUUUUACCAACGAUGUCAAACAUACCGCCCGCGGGCCAAAGCCGGCCCACCAGACGGUCCAUUUCGGCCCGCGGGACGACUUUACAAAGGAUGAAAAUUACGACAUUAACUGUAAAUUGUAAAUUUGUAAAACUGUAAAUUUAAAAUAACUUCUAGAUCUUGACAAGUUGUUUUGAUCAUGAAUUAAAAUACUAGAUUGUUCAGUUCCAGAUACCUGUGACUGAAUGUUUUGUAUUUUUGUGGAUAAACUGUGAUCUGGCAGUUACAGUGCAUUUAUAAAUGAUGAACUGAGGCAUAAUAGGCUACUGUUGAAAUUGAACUUGUUUUCCUUAAGAAAUUUCAGAUUCAUAAUGUUUUGUAAAAAAGAUAGUUCAUUAAAUGUGAACAUUUUCAGAAUGUACUUUUUUAAAAAAAACUAAAACAAAGGGGGAAAGUUGGAGUUGUGGUUAUUUAUAGGUUAUUAUGCUGUGAUUUUACUGGUGGGGCCCACUGGAGAUCAGAUUGGAUUUAUGUGGUCCCUGGACUAAAAUGAGUUUGACACCCCUGAUCUUUACUGUGAAAAACAACAAAAUGGAAUCACAUACAUACAUACAUACAUACAUACAUACAUACAUACAUAUACAUAUAUACACACACACACACACACACACACACAUAUAUAUAUAUAUAUAUAUACAUAUACACAUACCCAAAGUUAUUGAGGGGGCGCGGAAGUUUUUUGUCCUCCGAAGGGGAGCCCGACAGAAAAAAAUUAAAAACUUGAGAACCACUGUUUUAAAGCAAUGUAUAUUACAAAUAGAUUAAAAUUUGAGCAGCUAGGAAGCAACUAAUAAUUGCAAAUUAUUCAAAAAUAAUAUUAAUUUUAAACUAGAAAAGCAACAACGUGGCACAUAGCAAAGUUGGAGGUACAGACAAAAACAAAUCAAUACUUCUGUGGGUGCAGUGGAAGAUGCAGAAGGUAGUGGUACCCAAGGACAGAGCCGAGGGAUGGCACCAAUAGAGAAGUACUCAUAUUAGAGUUAUAUCCAAGUUCAAGACCUUUAUUUGUCACAAACACAAUUAUACACAUUAUACCACACAGUGAAAUGUAUUGAGCACCUGUUCCAGAUCGAAACAAUAAGAUAGAUAGAUACAUGAAUCGAAGUGUCAAAUAGUACAAUAAAAUAUAAAUAUAGAAGGCAAAAAGUAAACAGGAUAGUGAACAGAAUUUCACUGUCCAGUAAAUGUCAUUUUUCUGGAAGAGCUUUUUUUAUGGAACCAUUUUUCUACAGCUGUUCUUCCCACACACAAGCAUUUUAACAGCAUGAUCAACCCUUACAGCCGCAUACAGCCAAGUAGAGCAAAAAAUGUUCACACAGAUUUUGUAGCAAUUUUGUGUUACGAUCAUUGAAAAGAUGAUAUAGAUAGUACAAAAAUACAUCCGUUUUUAUUUGUAAAUAAUGAAUCUGUGCAUGUUUUUGUAGAUUAAAUUAUGUAUGAUUUAGGUUAAGGUGUAGAUUUAGAAGCUUUUGUAUAAAUUUCUAAAGACUGCUGGGAUGAAACCUACUUUGAAGAAAUUUUGAAAAAUGUGGUACAAACCACUGAACAAUACAAGACCUUAGUCCCAGAACCUGCAGCCAAUAGAAAGGAACAAAAGGCUGGAUGGUCACAAUGUGAUGUCUUAGCUAGGUGAAUGUCUUGAGUGUUUUAUAUGUACUCGUGAUUUUAAUUGUAAAUAUCUGAUGAGUUUUAUCAGCUAAUAAAAAAACAUAACUUAAGACACUAUUCCAGAUUUUAAUCAAGUGAAGUUUGCAUUACAAAGUUUAAUAAACUGUAUAUGACUCUUUGUGUA